UUGAACUAUAAUUUUUUUAAGAUUGUCAAAGGAGCAAAAACACGAAAAAUGACUCCAACAAACAAUGGAGACUUGUAUACUUGUAGUGAUGAAUUCAACAGUAACUUUGCAGGUCUCCACGUAUACAUACCAAACAGGAGCUACCGGGAAACCAUUGAAGUGGAGCAGUACAGUUGGGAAACUCUAAUGGCGAAUAUUGGAGGAAAUCUGGGCCUUUUUAUGGGAAUCUCUUUAAUCACUAUUGUAGAUUGUGUUGAAUUCUUGUGGGAGAUGAUCUUAUACUUCUCCAAGACAAAGAAUCAGCAGAAGACUAAACCCAUCCACCUGAAGUCCUCCUCAGGGUGGGCUUAAGGUGUUACUUAUGGUGUAUCGUACUUUCCCAGUGAAUGGUUUCCCAGCAAAUACGUCACAAAUGUGAAGGUGUGGUUUGUCAUUUUUUGUUAAAGUAAAAUUGUUCACCAACGUGUGUAAGCACAACACAAAUUGUUAC